UCAAUCAAAAUGUCAAAUACGACGUUUGUCAAACAAGCGAAAAUUCCCAAAAAAUUAUGAAUUUUAUUGAGUUGGUGUUUUUAUCUUAUACAGCAUAAGUGUGAAUAUUAAGAGAGUUUCACUGGUUAUUAAAAUCAUUUCCAAGAUGCCGUCAAAGCAGAGAAAGAUUGCUAUGAUGGGAUACCGUUCCGUAGGUAAAUCAUCUUUAAUUAUACAGUUCGUGGAAGGACAGUUCGUUGACUCUUAUGACCCUACUAUUGAAAACACUUUCACAAAGUUCAUACGCCUGAAUUCAACUGAAUAUGAAGUAAAGUUGGUAGACACAGCUGGUCAAGAUGAAUAUAGCAUAUUCCCACUUCAAUACAGUAUGGACUUUCAUGGCUAUGUACUGGUAUACUCCAUAACAUCAAGUAAAAGUUUUCAAAUAGUACAAAUUAUUUAUGACAAACUCUUGGACAUGGUUGGUAAAAUACAUGUACCAAUAGUUUUAGUUGGAAAUAAAACAGAUCUUCAUUUAGAAAGGAAAAUUAGUACUGAAGAAGGUAAAAGACUUGCUGAGAAGUGGAAGGCUGCAUUUGUAGAAACCAGUGCUAAGAGAAAUGAGUCUGUCACGGACAUGUUCCAUGCCAUCUUAUCGGAGAUAGAGAGGUCAGAUGGACAUAUACCAGACAAGAAUGGAUGUGUUAUUUCUUAAUGAAAGUUUGUGUUCAAUAAACAAAGUGCUUUUUACUUAAGCUAAAGUGAUUUAAA